AUGGAGCGAAUUGCUAAUAGCGGCAAAUACGAUGUAGAAAAUCACAUCAAAACAAUAAAGCAUAGGAAAGCAGCCUUCGCAGGAGCAUCCAGUUCCAAGGUUACUUCUUUUUUGAAAAGCGCUUCUUUGGAAGAAAACGAAAAGAAACUGGCAACAAUUGAAGGAUGCUGGGCUUACCACACAGUUUUUCACAACCAGUCCUUUAGAUCGACGGACUGCACUUCAAAAUUAAUUCAACAUUGUUUUGAACCAAAAUAUUCCAGCGCGCGUACGAAAACGGAAUCAAUUAUUACUCACGUAUUGGCCCCAUUUGCAAUCAAAGAACUAUUAGAUGCUUUAUCUCAAGUUCAUUUUAUAACCGUGUUUUCGGAUGUAUCAAACCACAACGCUACCAAAGUGAUCCCGAUUCUUGUGCGCUUUUUUACUCCUAGGGGUGUGCAGGUGAAAAUACUAGAAAUUAAAGAGCAGCCUGGGGAAACCUCUGAUAUUAUUUCAAACUAUAUUAUUGACACUUUGGCGCGAUAUGACCUUACAUCAAAAUUAUUGGGAAUCUCUGCUGACAACACAAACUGUAAUUUUGGUGGAGCAUCUAGAAGAGGAUUAAACAAUGUAUUUCAUAAAAUUAAAUCUACUGUUAAUCGCCCCCUCAUCGGAAUUGGAUGUUUAGCUCAUAUAAUGAAUAAUUGUGUAAAAACAGCGGCGGAUUGCUUGCCGAUGGAUAUCGAAGCUGUCAUAGUGAAAAUCUAUUUAUAUUUCCAUACUUAUACUGUGAGAACGGAAGAACUAAAACAUUUUUGUGAAUUUGUUGACAUUGAAUAUAAAAAAUUAUUAGGAUAUAGUGCUAAUCGUUGGUUGGCAUUGCUACCAGCGAUAGAACGAAUUUUGAAAAUGUAUCGCGCUUUAAAAUCUUACUUUGCUUCGCAAGAAAAAUGUCCAGUCUUAAUUAAGAACUUCUUUGAAGAUCCAGUUAAUGAAUUAUGGUUGUUUUUUGUUCAUCAUAUUGCAGAAUCAUUUCACAAUAUAAUUUUAAAAAUGGAGGGACAAAAUAUUUCUUUAUUAGAAGUGAUUAAAUUAUAUAAGGACUUUCAAAUUAAAUUGAUUGAAAGACGUAAUCAGUUGUUCUUGCCAUUUGCUGUUAAACAACUAAUGAAAAAUCUAGAAGUAGAAGCUAUGAUCAAUAGUAUUUCUAUCGAAAUAGCAAUUAAAACUUUUUAUUCCACUUGA